UUGUUCACAUCUGGGAACUGCAAAGGAGCGCGGUGGUCGGACUGUCAGCUUCGCCUCCUAUUCUUUGAUUUCCAGUAACUUAUUUUCUAAAGAUUGCUGGAGGGAAAGGCUCAACGUCUCUUUUGGGAUUUUCCUAAGCAGAACAACCUCAUCUUACUAAAACUGAGGCGCCAAUCCUGCUGGCAACUUUCGGCAGACAGGGUAAUUCUAUUUGAAGAUUAAUCCUAACGCUGGAAUUCUUUGGGAAUGUCCAGGAGCUAGGAACGCAGCGCCGCGGUCUCCUCAGCUUCCGGUCCUCAAGAGCAACUGGGGGUCAGUGCAGCUGGUGCCGCGGAGGCCGCACGGAAACUCAGCCGCGCCUGUUCCUCCACUGCGCCGGCAGGCGGCGGAGACGCUGCGCGUGCGCGCUGGGGAGACGGUGGCUCGGAGACAACGCUCGCAGACUCCUCCGGUCUGCCCGGGCAGCAUGAAGACCGCCGAGAACACCAGAGGAACCGGCAGCGAUGGGCCGCAGAAACGAGGCCUCUGCGUCCUCUGCGGCCUCCCUGCGGCAGGAAAAUCGACUUUCGCGCGCGCCCUCGCCCACAGGCUACGGCAGGAGGAGGGCUGGGCCGUCGGCGUCGUCGCGUAUGAUGACGUCAUGCCAGACGCGUUUCUCGCCGGGGCAAGCGCUCUACCGGCGCCAUCCCAGUGGAAAUUGCUUCGACAGGAACUGUUGAAGUACCUGGAAUACUUCUUGAUGGCUGUGAUUAAUGGGUGUCAGAUGUCUGCCCCACCCAGCAGGACUGAAGCCAUGUGGGAAGAUUUUAUAACCUGUUUAAAGGAUCAAGAUCUGAUAUUUUCUGCAGCAUUUGAGGCCCAGUCCUGCUACCUCUUAACAAAAACUGCUGUUUCUAGACCUUUGCUUUUGGUUUUGGAUGACAAUUUUUAUUAUCAAAGUAUGAGAUAUGAAGUCUACCAACUGGCUCGGAAAUAUUCAUUGGGCUUUUGCCAGCUCUUUUUAGAUUGUCCUCUUGAGACCUGUUUACAGAGGAAUGGCCAGAGGCCACAGGCACUGCCUGCUGCGACCAUCCGCCUGAUGGGAAGAAAGCUAGAAAAGCCCAGCCCUGAGAAAAAUGCUUGGGAACACAACAGCCUCACACUGCAGAGUCCAGCGGGUGCUUCAGGGGCCAGCCUGGAGGUGACUGAUUUAUUGCUCACUGCUUUGGAAAAUCCAGUAAAAUAUGCUGAGGACAAUAUGGAACAAAAGGACACAGACAGAAUUAUUUGUUCAACAAACAUUCUUCAUACAGCUGAUGUGACACUCCGAAGAAUUGUAUCUCAGACAAUGAAGGAAGCAAAAGAUGAACGAGUGCUUCCUUACAAAUUGAAGCUUCUAGCAGAAGAACUUAACAAGCUCAAAGCAGAGUUUUUGGAAGACCUAAAACAAGGAAACAAAAAAUAUCUGUGCUUUCAACAAACCACUGAUGUAUCAAAUGUCAUUUCUUUUUUUCAUUAUGAGAAAGAUAAUAUUGUACAGAAGUAUUUUUCAAAGCAGCAUUAAAAUUUCUUAAUUGCCAAU